GAAUUCUUUACUGUCUGCCUACGGUCACACUGCUGCUCUAGAACGAAAUCGGGAGAAAUUUUUAUCAAAUUGCAAUUUUACGCCCCACACCGCCUGAAACCCGCCCACGUCGUGUUCUUAUACAAUUAAAGACAGCCGCCAGCAGAGGAUUACUCCCGUAGUUGUACCAGAUUCCAGCCCUAAUUAGCUGUCUCAACGAAAGUUGUGCGUGUGUGCUGGCUUGUCAGGGUGUGCAAGUGUGCGUGCGUUGUUUUCACACACAAAAUUCGCUGCAAUUUACAAAAUUAACAACAAAAGCGCAGUAACAGCGACGAGAACAGCAACAACAACAACGCCAACAAUAGGAAACGAAACGCAUUUGCGAGGCUGAUUGUUUAAACAAGGUAUAAACAAAAGUAUUAGUAUUAGAGGGGAAAUCGCAUGCCAGGCAUACGGACAACUGGUAAACAAACCGAAAGGCCAUCGGCAGUCCCGAAAUUCUAAAAGCGGAGGAGGGGCCACGUCGCUAUCCCUUAUCAACGGCGGCAGUGCACUGCGAGAAACACGUCAGUUGUGCUUCAUACAUUUCUCAAAAUUUUCACCGUGUCGUUGUUUUUACUUAUUGUGUCUAAAGAAAUAUAGACAGAAUAAUGUCCUCCUCGUCGGCUUCCGGCGGUCGCAAGCAGCCCACGGCCGUCUCGCGCAUGAAGCAGGACUACAUGCGUCUUAAGAGGGACCCGCUACCUUAUAUCACAGCGGAGCCGCUGCCCAACAAUAUCCUCGAGUGGCACUACUGCGUCAAGGGGCCGGAGGAUUCGCCCUACUACGGCGGCUACUAUCACGGCACUCUGCUCUUCCCGCGUGAGUUCCCCUUCAAGCCGCCAUCCAUCUACAUGCUGACGCCGAACGGACGCUUCAAGACCAACACGAGGCUUUGUCUGAGCAUAUCAGACUUUCAUCCAGACACUUGGAACCCGACUUGGUGUGUGGGGACCAUACUCACAGGCCUGCUAAGCUUCAUGCUGGAAAGUACACCCACGCUGGGAUCCAUCGAGUCGUCGAACUAUGAUAAGCAAAUGUUUGCUCAAAAAUCCUUAGCAUUUAACCUGCGCAACACAAAUUUCUGUGAGCUGUUUCCCGAAAUGGUCAAUGAGAUCAAGCUGCGACUGCAGGGCACUCAGGCGGCGGCAGCUGCAGUGGCGGGGGCCACUGCGUCCACUUCCAGUGGUGCGAAACGUGCCAAUGGCCUGGCCAAUGGCGAUGCCCUGGGAGCUGCCGAUGCUAAUCUGGCGGCGGGUGGUGCUGGUGUUGGUGGCGGUCAUCCUCAAAAUGGCGCGGACGGCAUCGAUGGUGGGGGAGCGGGGCAGAUGGAUCUGGCCAACGGCGGUGGAGCGGCGGCGCUACAGAACAGUGCUCGCAAUUCGUAUAUGAAUUGGCAGUCCGUGUAUUCCAACCUGGUGAUCAUCAUCUGCUUUGCGAUAUUUGCCCUCAUUGUUAAUUACGUGAUCAAAAACCUGAAUCAGGAAUAGAACUAACUUUACGACACAGCCUCUAUAUUUAUAUAUGAAUGUACACAUCUGUGUGCGUGUGCAUAUUUAAUCUAGUUUACUCUAAAGUAGCCUUCGUGGAUUCAGUACCGCUUGAGAAGUAUUUACAGACCCGCUUGGCCCCAGCCUCCGCAGCCGCCACCCGUCAUCCCGCCAUCCAUUCCCCGACCUAAGUUCCCACGAUCGCUAAUUAGUUGGAAAAUAUUGGCAAUCACAAAAACUAGAAACACAAAUACACACAACCGCACACCCACACACAAACAUACACUCAAUUAUAAACACAAUUUGUGAAACCUAUAAAUUGUUUUGUUAUGUAUUCAUUACUAUAAAAGUCUAGUUUAAUGCAGCGUGAAUGAAGCCAGGAAUAUGUUUGUAAAUGAAUAAAAAAGAAAAUACGGCAACAGUAAGCUCGUGUACAAAUUA